AUGCGAUCACACUUGACGAUGAGAUUUCUCUCAUAUGGCAAUCACGAUGGUCCUGGAUCAAGUUUCUGUUUCUCAAUCGAUAUCUUGUACUUUUCUCUCAGACAUUUGACCUCGUUGGGUAUCUUCUUCCAAAACCAUCUUAUAAUUUUUGUGUGUAUUAUAUGACUUCAAUGAUCGAUUACUCGAACGGAGAUCGCAGGUCUCGCAUGGGUCGGAUACAUCACCGUCAUCAACGGUACACUAAAAUCAUUAUUGCUUGUCCAUGUUUUCCACGAACUUAUAAUGAUUUCAAUUUCCCAGGAACUCUACAAGUUUUCAUCGCUGAUAUCAUCCUUAUAAUUCGACUUGGGGUAAUAUAUAGUCUAAAGAAGCACAUUGUAGUGCCCGUGAUAGUCUUGUAUAUUCUCACCGUGGCCGCCAGCUCGACGGUGUUGGGAAUACAGGAAAAUCGUGCGACAGGGACUAAUGAACCGGUGCCUGGCUUCUUUCUCUGCUCCUUGACUAGUAAAUUGAAUAUCUUACAUGCUUAUUGGGUUCCCAUAGCCGUUUUCGAAUCAAUAAUGUUCCUCCUUUCUGCAUACAGAGUAAUAUCAGAUUUCAAUGUGCCUCGGUCUUUACUUUCCCUUGUCGUCCGUGAUCCGUUGUGGUACUUCGUAGUUGUCCUUACAACCGGCCUCGCUAAUGCGCUGGAAUACCGUUUUGCCUCUCCGGGGAAAUACAACGUUCUUCAUGGUCCAACUUCAGCUGCGUUAUCGAUCUCUAUGUCUCGUGUGAUCUUAAAUCUACGCAAAACGGGGCGGCAGGAAAAUCCUCCCCCAACCUUGCAGUUGUCCGUCUUGCGUUUCCAGGUAGGUCGUACUCGGGGAACUACUAUAGACACGGGGGACGAUGGGAUGACUACGACUCAGGCAGAUUGACCAAUGGCAAAGUACAAUACUUUCUCGAAUGAUGUAAUUUUCAUGUCAAG